ACACAACAGGUCGACGAAUGAUCAAAGCCACGACUUGUACAAGAAUUAAGUGGGGACGGAGAACUUUACUUUCUUGCAACUGGUAUAGUAAAACCAUAGCUGACUUUGCAGUUCUUGAACAGUCUUCUUCAGUAAUUCUUAAGAAUCGUUAGACUGUUUAUAAACUCGAGAAAAAAAACUAUUCCAAACACAGUUUCUUGGUGGUUUUAAUUAUAUUAGUAUUUUUUAAAAUGCUUUAUUAUUUAUUAAUGCCUUGUUAACAAGUUAAUGAGUGUUUAAGUGAAACAACUCAUAGUAAACUGUUGUACUUUAUAUUUUAUUAUUUAUUAUCAGUGAAACCUUUUAUUUAAAGUUUGUUGAUUAUUGAAAUUAGAAAGUAAAUAAACUACAGUCAUCAAAAAUGGAUAAAGUAGAUCUAAUCAGUCCAGGAAGAUAUGAAAGGAUUUUGGAGACAGCAAAACAUAUUGAACCCCUAAAAAUGGGUAAUGUAUUCUUUCAAUAUGAACUCCAACCCUUAUCUGCUGCUUCUAUUGAGAAAGCGAAGAAUGAACUAAGAGAAACUGAAGAAGUUGUUAAACAAGCUCUUGCAGAUAUGAGAGAAUUAAUAAAAGGAGAGAAAGAUUUAUAUGUUCCGGAUGAUGAUUAUUUUUUUGCCAAGUUUCUUAGACCUUGCAAGUGGCAUGUGAAGCCUGCAUUUGAAUUGUUAAAGCGUUUUUAUCGCUACAAAUUGACUCAUCCUCGAUAUUGUAUUAAUCUCACUCCAAAAUCGGAGCCAAGUGCAUUUGUCAAUGAUAUACUUACACCUCUCCCCUUGCGCACCAACGAUGGUUGUCGGAUAGUUUUGAUUGAGGGUGGGAAAAAAUGGAAUCCUAAAAAAGUUUCUCUCGACCAAAUUUUUAGAACAGUUAUGAUGCUCCUAGAUGCUGCUGUUAUUGAACCAGAAACACAGGUUAAUGGUGUCCAUGUGAUUUUAGACAUGGAUGGACUCUUUUUGAGUCAAGUAACAUACUACACUCCUAGUUUUGCAAAUGCUGUACUCGAGUGGGUUCAAAAAUGCCUUCCUACACGCCUCAAAGGUGUUCAUAUAAUCAACCAACCAUUCAUAUUUAACAUGGUUUUUGCAAUUUUCAAACCAUUCUUGAUGGAAAAAUUACGAAAACGAGUAAUUUUCCAUGGAACAGAUAGAAAAAGUUUAUUAAAAUAUAUCGACGCUAGAGCUUUACCAGUUCGAUAUGGUGGAGAAUUAGAAUUACCACCUGAAUCAUUUGGAGAAAAAAUUUGGAAAUACAUUUCAAAUUUUGAAGACGAAUUUAUAGAGGCUGAGACUUACGGAUAUCAAUCAAAGAAAUAAAUACUGAUUCACUGACUAAAUAUAUUUAUAUUUAUAUAUUUGGAUUGUGGUAUAUUACAUUUGACUUGUUGAGAUACUAUAGAGUUAUUUUAUUAUUGAUAUUGAUUAAAAUUAAAAUUAAAGGUAA